UUCGGAGCAGGUAGCCCGUUGGCUGUUACCGUCGCCUGUAGAGGCAAGAAUGCAUCAGUCAUUUCUCCGUUCCUCCAAAACUGCAAUAACUGUCACUCGCUUCGCUAUCUGGCAAGAAGCACGAUCACUCUUCUUCCACUCUUUUUCAGCCCAUCACCGCCAGCAACAGCAGCAAGAACAAAAAGGUGAAAAACAAAAGCAACAGAAACUAAAACAAGAAUCUUCUAAUUCCAUUGACAUCUCCAAAUCCCCAAUUGGGUCGCCAUCUCGAGUCCAGAAACUCAUAGCUUCCCAAUCAGAUCCUCUCCUCGCCAAAGAAAUCUUCGAUUUCGCUUCUCGCCAACCUAAUUUUCAACAUUCUUACUCUUCGUAUCUCGUCCUUAUUCUCAAACUUGGCCGUUCCAAAUACUUCUCUCUCAUAGAUGACCUUCUAGUUGACUUAAAAUCCAAACAUUAUCCAGUUACUUCAACUCUUUUCUCUUACAUAAUCAAAAUCUAUGGCGAGGCCAACCUGCCAGAUAAGGUUCUCAAAACUUUCUAUAAAAUGCUUGAAUUUAACUUCAAGCCUUUGCCCAAACAUCUCAAUCGCAUUCUUGAAUUUCUUGUUUCUCACCGGAACUAUAUAAAAACUGCUUUGGAUCUUUUCAAUAAUGCUCAUAGAUAUGGUGUUUCGCCCAACACUAAAUCAUAUAACAUUUUGAUGCGAGCUUUUUGUUUAAGUGGGGAACUUCGUAUUGCGUACAAGAUGUUCAAUCAAAUGUUCAAAAGAGAUGUUUUGCCGGAUGUUGAAUCUUACCGAAUUUUGAUGCAGGGAUUGUGUAGGAAAAGUCAGGUUAAUGGAGCUGUUGAUUUGUUGGAGGACAUGUUGAAUAAAGGGUUUGUGCCGGAUACUUUGAGUUAUACUACUCUGUUGAAUAGUUUGUGUAGGAAAAAGAAGCUUAAGGAAGCAUAUAAGCUUCUCUGUAGAAUGAAGGUUAAGGGGUGCAACCCGGAUAUCGUUCAUUAUAAUACGGUUAUAUCGGGGUUUUGCAGAGAUGGGCGUGCAAUGGAUGCUUGUAAGGUUCUUGAAGAUAUGGAGUCUAAUGGAUGCUUGCCGAAUUUAGUGUCUUAUAGGACUUUGGUCGGUGGAUUAUGUGAUCAAGGGAUGUUUGUUGAGGCAAAGCGUUAUUUGGAGGAAAUGAUAUCAAAGGGGUUUUCCCCACAUUUUUCAGUUUCUCAUGCGUUGUUGAAGGGGCUCAGCGAAGUUGGUAAGAUUGAAGAAGCAUGUAGAGUGUUGGAGGAAUUGCUAAAGCAUGGAGAGGCUCCUCAUACAGAUACUUGGAUGAUUAUAUUACCUAGGAUAUGUGAAGUGGAUGACUUGGGGAGGGUGGGAGAAAUUUUGGAUAAGGUCAUGAUGGUAGAAAUAAAGGGCGACACACGAAUAGUAGAAGCGGGUGUUCGCUUGGAAGAGUACUUGAUCAAGAAGAUACAAACAAAAUGGCGAAAGAAUCCCAUCCAUAAAUUUAACGAAGAAGAUGAAUCCACAGUAUCUUCACCCACUUUUUCCUCUUCUAUAAAGUUUGGCAUGCCGGAGGCUUUGGAUCACGUGCGCAAUCUAACCGAUGUCGGUGCCAUGACGCGGCUUCUCCAUGAGUGCAUCGCUUACCAGCGGGCUCUCGAUCUCGACCUUGACAACCUCCUCGCCCAACGCACAGAUCUCGACAAGUACCUCCUCCACCUCCAGAAAUCCGCGGAGGUGUUAAACAUCGUCAAGGCGGAUUCCGACCACAUGCUUUCCAAUGUCCGCUCCACAUGUGACCUCGCCGACCAUGUCAGCGCCAAGGUUCGGGAGCUUGACCUUGCCCAAUCGCGGGUUAAUACUACGCUUCUACGCAUUGAUGCGAUUGUGGAAAGAGGGAAUUGCAUCGAGGGGGUGAAAAACGCUCUCGAAGCAGAGGAUUACGAGGCGGCCUCGAAGUGUGUGCAGACAUUUCUGCAGAUUGAUGCGAAAUAUAAGGAUUCCGGAUCGGACCAGAGAGAUCAGUUGCUAGCGUCGAAGAAGCAGCUGGAAGGAAUAGUGAGGAAGCGGCUUUCAGCUGCAGUGGAUCAGCGGGACCAUCCAACAAUUCUAAGGUUUGUUAGGUUGUAUUCGCCUUUAGGACUCGAGGAGGAAGGGUUGCAGGUGUAUGUGGGGUACUUGAAAAAAGUGAUCUCCAUGAGAUCCAGGCUUGAAUUUGAGAAUUUGGUGGAGUUGAUGGAGCAGAGUCAUAAUCAGAAUCAGGUUAAUUUUGUUGGGUGUUUAACAAAUUUGUUUAAGGACAUUGUGUUGGCUAUAGAGGAAAAUGAUGAAAUCUUGAGGAGUCUUUGUGGGGAGGAUGCAAUUGUUUACGCCAUUUGUGAAUUACAAGAGGAGUGUGAUUCGAGGGGUUCUUUGAUUUUGAAGAAAUAUAUGGAGUAUAGGAAAUUGGCUAAAUUAUCAUCUGAGAUUAAUGCCCAAAACAAGAAUUUGCUUGCCGUUGGAGCUCCUGAAGGGCCUGACCCGAGAGAGGUUGAGUUGUAUUUAGAAGAAAUACUGUCACUGAUGCAAUUAGGUGAGGAUUACACAGAAUUUAUGGUUUCAAAAAUCAAAGGGUUGAGUUCUGUUGAUCCUGAAUUAGUGCCACGAGCCACCAAGUCGUUUAGGAGUGGGACUUUUAGCAAAGUAAUUCAAGAUAUUACUGGGUUUUAUGUGAUUUUGGAGGGAUUCUUCAUGAUUGAAAAUGUAAGAAAGGCAAUUAUGAUAGAUGAGCAUGUGCCUGAUAGCCUUACCACUUCUAUGGUAGACGAUGUGUUUUAUGUUUUGCAGAGUUGCUUGAGAAGGGCAAUAUCUACUUCAAAUAUUAGCUCUGUCGUUGCAGUCUUGAGUGGUGCAAGUAGUUUGUUGAGUAAUGAAUACCAUGAAGCUUUGCAACAGAAAAUGAGAGAACCAAACCUUGGUGCAAAGCUGUUUUUGGGUGGUGUUGGUGUGCAAAAAACUGGGACAGAGAUUGCAACUGCAUUGAAUAACAUGGAUGUGAGUAGCGAGUAUGUAGUAAAGCUAAAACAUGAGAUUGAAGAGCAAUGCGCUGAGGUGUUCCCUGCACCAGCAGAUAGAGAAAAGGUAAAAUCUUGCUUGUCAGAGUUGGGUGAUAUGAGCAAUACCUUCAAGCAAGUCCUUAAUGCUGGUAUGGAACAACUUGUGGUAACUGUGACACCCCGAAUCCGUCCAGUGUUGGAUAGCGUAGCAACCAUUAGCUAUGAGUUAUCUGAGGCAGAAUAUGCAGAUAAUGAGGUGAAUGACCCAUGGGUACAGAGGCUUCUCCACUCUGUUGAGACAAACGUGUCAUGGCUCCAGUCACUAAUGACUGCCAACAACUAUGAUUCAUUUAUACAUUUGGUCAUUGACUUCAUUUUGAAGAGGCUUGAAGUGAUAAUGAUGCAGAAAAGGUUUAGUCAGCUGGGAGGACUUCAGCUCGACAGAGAUAUAAGGGCUUUGGUGAGCCAUUUCUCUGGCGUGACUCAGAGGACAGUUAGAGACAAGUUUGCUCGUCUCACUCAGAUGGCAACCAUCCUGAACUUAGAGAAGGUAUCUGAAAUUCUAGAUUUCUGGGGUGAAAACUCGGGGCCUAUGACCUGGAGGUUAACCCCUGCUGAGGUUAGGCGAGUGUUGGGUCUCAGGGUUGAUUUUAAACCCGAAGCAAUUGCUGCUCUCAAGUUGUAAGUCCAAAAUUGUCUCAAUUGUCGAAACCCAUUGGUCCAACUAACAGGCCAAGUGUCUAAUCAGGGGCUGUCAUCUUCUUAUCGUUCCCUUUAAUCCUGUGCUCGCAUGCUAGGACAUUCUUGUCAUCUUUUAUUGUUUGGUUUUUAUACAUAUUAUUUUCUUUACCCCAAA